AUGGACGAAGUCGAUAUAUUUAUUCAUUGCUAUCAAAAGAACAACUAUCUCUGCAAUGCAGCACUUAUUUCAUGGCAAGAGACCGAUCCUUCGGCUACGAGCCAUCUGAGCCUAGGAACGUCCAAUGGUAGAAUGGCUUCAGAGCCGGAACUCCUCAGCCUCGGAAGACAAGUUCGUGAUAUGACCUCCCUUGAAGAGGACGGAGAUGAAACUGACUUCCCCGAGGACGUUGACAUUCCAAUUGACGAACAGAUCGGGUCAAGUGACUCUGAGUCUAUGAAUGGGGCGGGAAUGGCUCACAGUGGCUCAGAUAAUACAAUUCCGCCUGGUUUUAUAAAGGGUGGCCAAUUGUUUCGGCAGGAGGAGGACUUUUCCCUGACUGGUGACAUGUCAUCCAGUCUGACGCACCCUGAUGCCAGUAAGCCGGCCAGCUACAGUCUGCCGGAGAUUUCCUACGGACCUCUACAGACUCCGAGUCAGACGACGGUUGCCGCAACGGAGACAAAAUACCAUGUUACUAUCCAGACUGGUGAUGAAGUGAACGCUGGUACUAUGUCGAAUGUUUUUCUCCGACUAAUCGGGCCCUUUGCAGAGACGAGUAACUACCGUCUGACGCCCGCUUCACCCAAUGCCAAGCUAUUUCAGCCAAAUUCAAAAGAGGUCUUCAUCAUCCAUUCGGCAGCGGAACUAGGAACUGUCGAGCGAAUUAUGCUAUGGCAUGACAAAUCCGGAGAAGAUCCCACCUGGCAUGUGAUAGAAGUCAAAGUGGUCGUUGAUAAGCAACCAUGGCAGGAAUUAACCUUUAAUGUCGACAAAUGGCUCACGGAAGAAGAAUCAAAAUUGGAGCUGCAGUAUCCAAGCAUAAAGUAUCUUUCGGAAAUCGGUAUGAACAGCUAG